CUCUUCUCCAUCAAUAUCCAAGUCUUUUAUUCUCAUUUUCAUAAGGGGCCACAUCAGUCUUCCGCGCCAUCACACGAAUAGAAAAUUUGUUCUCGUCGUGGGCGUGCUAAAUUACGCCGCGCUGUACCAUGGACAAGUCCUACACUUCUCCCAGUUCCGGCGACCUCACCGGAUUAACGAGGACUUACAGUAACAGGCCGGUCAAAGUUAUUCCAUUACAGCACCCUGAAACCACCUCGUCUUCUGGUUUCUCCUUAACCAGGUCAUCUAGCUCGAUUUUUGAUCGAUGGAAGUCCAAGAUGAAAGCUAUGACUAUUACGGAAUGGAUCUCUGUCUUUUUGCCUUGUUAUCGUUGGGUUCGAUCUUACAAUUUUCAUGAUUAUCUUCAAUGUGAUCUUAUGGCUGGUAUCACCGUCGGUGUUAUGGUCGUUCCUCAGGCAAUGUCAUAUGCGAAGUUAGCUGGGCUGGCACCAAUUUAUGGACUCUAUUCGGGUUGUUUGCCUGUAUUUGUAUAUGCAAUUUUUGGUUCCUCAAGGCAGCUUGCAGUUGGUCCAGUAGCAUUAACAUCUCUCUUGGUUUCUAAUAUAUUAAGUGGUCUUGCUAGUCCAUCUGAUGAAUUGUACACAGAACUUGCAAUCACAUUGGCACUCAUGGUUGGCAUACUGGAGUGCUUAAUGGGCCUCUUAAGGCUUGGAUGGAUUAUCCGUUUUAUCAGCCAUGCUGUGAUUUCUGGCUUCACCACUGCAUCAGCUAUAGUGAUUGCCUUGUCUCAAGCAAAAUACUUUUUGGGCUAUGAUAUAGUUCGAAGCAGUGAAAUUAUUCCUCUUGCAAAAAGUAUCAUAGCCGGGAUUGAUAAGUUCUCAUGGCCACCAUUUAUGCUGGGGUCUUUGAUUCUAGCAAUUAUGUUGAUUAUGAAGCACCUGGGGAAAACGAGGAAGUAUUUGAGAUUUAUUCGAGCAGCAGGCCCAUUGACAGGAGUUGUUUUGGGUACUGCUAUUGUCAAAUUAUUUCAUCCAUCCGCCAUCAGUGUGGUUGGGGAAAUACCUCAAGGGCUCCCGGAGUUUUCAGUUCCUAAUGCCUUUGCUUAUUUUAACUCUUUGAUUCCAACAGCAUUUCUUAUAACUGGCGUGGCCAUACUGGAAUCUGUGGGAAUUGCCAAAGCUCUUGCAGCAAAGAAUGGUUAUGACUUAGAUCCUAAUCAAGAGCUUUUUGGACUUGGUGUAGCCAACAUUGUCGGAUCAUUUUUUUCUUCAUAUCCUAGUACAGGUUCAUUUUCUAGAUCUGCGGUGAACCAUGAAAGUGGAGCAAAAACUGGCUUUGCUGGGAUACUCACUGGAAUCAUUAUGAGUUGUGCUCUCCUAUUCCUCACUCAAUUAUUUGUUGACAUACCUCAGUGCGCUCUGGCUGCUAUCGUGAUCUCUGCCGUGAUAGGUCUGGUUGAUUAUGAGGAGGCUAUGCUUCUAUGGCAUGUCGAUAAAAAAGAUUUUUUCCUUUGGACUGUCACUUUUGCAUCAACAUUGUUCCUUGGAAUUGAGAUUGGUGUCCUAGUUGGGGUUGGAUUUUCUCUUGCUUUUGUCAUAUAUGAAUCAGCAAAUCCACAUAUUGCUGUAUUGGGUCGUCUUCCCGGCACAACAAUUUAUAGGAAUGUUCAACAAUAUCCAGAAGCAUACACAUACCAUGGGAUAGUGGUUGUUCGUGUUGAUGCACCUAUGUAUUUUGCAAACACGAGUUACAUAAAGGACAGGCUGCGGGAAUAUGAGUCCAAUCGUGAUGGAUCUAUAAAACGUGGUCCUGAAGUAGAACAAGUUUAUUUUGUGAUUCUUGAGUUGUCACCUGUGACUUAUAUCGAUUCAAGUGCUGCUCAAGCAUUAAAGGACUUAUAUCAUGAGUAUAAAGCUCGGGGAAUCCAGAUUGUUAUUUCCAAUCCUAAUCAAGAAGUUCUGAAAACGCUAACAAGAGCUGGCCUCGUAGAAUUGAUUGGGAAGGAAUGGUACUUCGUGAGAGUGCAUGAUGCUGCUCAGGUUUGCUUUAAACAUGUACAGGAAAAUGAAACGCCAAGAACACCAGAUUCCGCCAAAGACGGAAAACAAAGCAUCUUCAAGAAAUUUGGUUCAACCAAAGAAAUUGCGACGACGGUAGAUUUAGAAUCCGGUGUUGAGACGUCUUUGGUCUCAAGCAGUUCUGAUCACCAAUUACAGGAGCCACUCUUACGUGGGAGGACUUAACACUAAUUUCCACUCUAAGAAGCAUCAUUUUAAGAAGUUUUCUCAUGUAUAUAAAUAUAUGUAGUACCAUUACUCACAUUGCAUGAUUUAUAGAUACAAUCUUUUUUUUUUUUAUUAAAGGAACCUAAUAAUUUUUUUGAUAAAAAUUUUAUAUGACAUCUACAAUAGAGUAAAAAUUGAUCAAAUAUAUAAUAAAUUUAAUCAGACAAAUUUAUAUAUAGAAAAUGUCAUGAUCAUAGUUGUUUAUAGAUAUUAUAUUUGUUUUAAAGAAUUAGCUUUAUUUUAAAGAAUAAGAUCAAAUGCUUAAUUUAUAUAUACGAUCAUUGUUUUAAAGAGUUAGCUUUAUGUUUUUUGUCUGUCUUAUUGAAUGUGCCUUGUUAUUUUUUGCCAUAAUCUUAUUUUUUUUAUUUCAAUCUACACAUUUAAUUUCCUUUUAUUUCAUCUUCAUAUUUAUUUUAUUUUUUCAUAAAAUAUAUCUUUUUACCAUUGAGCUUUACCUCAUUUGUAGUUGGGGCUAUUUCUUCGGAACAUAUAUAUAGUCUUGUGAGGAGCUAGGUUGCACUAAAACGGACACGGACACGACACGGGUACGAAAAAACGCCAACUUAAAAAUGGCGGACACGGAGACACGAAAAUGGUAAU